AUACUUUAAUAAAAGGAAACAAAAACACUGAUGAAUAUAAAAAUAUCAUUCAAUUAUGAAUUGAUAUUCCACAAGUCAUUUUGAGAUAAAUCAUUGGGACAAAAGAAAACAUGAUAAGGACGCAGUGACUCCCAAUGACGUGAACAAGGAAAAUAGGAUAAAAAUGGUGAUAGUUACUAAACAGUGUCAGCAACAUGAGCAAAGGACAACAGAUUCACACACGAUAGCAGAUAAGGACCUAGUAGCCCGAAUUCAUCCAUUUAUUAAACAUCCGGAUCGAAACUAAAGAGUCUCAUGAUGUCGUUAAUUCACUAUCUUGGCCUGGUACUGUUGAUUUAUAUAAGGGAGGUACGCUGUGCUCUGGAUGACAUAACCUUUUGUUCAAACAGUGUUACAUGCGAGGGACCGAAUUCACACACCUGUUCCGAUGAUUAUCCAGAAGGGUACGAAGUCUGCCAUUGUGGAGAAUUCCUAGUUGGGAUGAAUUGUGAUGAAAAGGUCAGUUACUAUCUCGUAGAUAAAGACCUGUUGUACGCAGAAGGCGAGAACUAUUGUGAGUCAGCCGGGCUUGGAAAGAUGGCGGUUAUACUCAGUGCCCAACACUCGCUUGUGGCAGAGCAUGUGCUAGAUGGUAAAGAUGCAUUCGUUGGAGGGAGGAUAGUACCGCUAGAAUCGAAUACGUGGGACGAUGGAAUGUGGUUAGACUACAGUCCAGUUUCAACGUGGGUCGACUGGUCUGAUGAUCUGAAGCCUGAAACAGAAAAAGCCAUUUACAUGUUGAGAGCAGGUGGUUGGCAAGGCAAAAAAUUGUCUGAUAAGAAACGAAUACUAUGCCAGAAAAUUUAUACUUGUAAUGGCGUACCUCCAGACGUUUCAUAUGCCACCAAGACGCUAAGUACCAUCAACACAUAUUCCAAAACAUACGAAUACCAAUGCGACAUAGGUUACCGUUUUGACGCAUUAAAUAACGACUUCCAGUACAUCCGUUGCCGUGGUGAGAUUUGGCAGACUCCAUUACCGUGUUACAUUAAGGACUGUGGAUCGCCUCCCCCUGAUUCGAAUGCGCAGCUUACAUUUACAAAUACAACGUAUGGAAGUUCGGUGAACUAUGCUUGUAGAGUAGGAUAUAGUUCUAUGGGCUAUUUAUCUCGUAAUAUCACGUGUCUUGUGACAUCCGUCUGGGAAUCGUAUACACCCUGUGAACCACUGUCAUGUGGCCAACCGCCACUGGACUACAUGAGUACAGUUGAUUCAGAUAACACUUCAAUCGCAGAUAUUAGCAAUGUUCCUAAAGAAUUAACGAUCUAUAACACCAAUCUGACGUACACUUGCAGUGCAGGCUAUGGAAUAAACGGAUCUAGUACUAUAGUACAAAACACUAUCCGCUGUAUGGCCGACGGAGAGUGGGAGGUUCACAUUUAUUGUUCCCAUAAGUACUGUGGUCUACCGGAAGUUGAUAAUAAUGCAACGCAGAUUGGGACUGCAACUGAAUUUGCCUCGAAUGUAACAUUUAUAUGUCUACCUGGAUAUCUCGUAGGGGGAGAUGGCGGUGCUCCAUCAUAUGUAGUAGCGUGUGAUUCAAAUGGACUAUGGACAUCGCAUGCACAGUGUUUUAAGACAUCUUGUCCGGGUGCAUAUGAUUCGGAUUCAAAUGCAAAUAUAACCGUUUUAGGCAACUUGUUUGAGGACAUUGUACGAUAUGAUUGUCUCUCUGGUUAUCUUAUAUCUGGUAAUGGUAGCCAAAGUGAAGAUGUACAAUGCCAAAGUGACAGGACAUGGUCAAAUCAUACUCAGUGUAUGGCAAGAUCGUGUGGCUAUCCCGUUAAUGAUUCCAAUGCCAUGUUCUCCUACAUCGAGGGGCGGUACGGGGACUAUAUAACAUACACGUGUUAUACUGGGCACAUACUAGCUAUGAACCAAAUCAUUAGCGAGAACAUAACUUGUCGAGAGGAUGGCACAUGGUCUGCCCACCAACACUGUUUUAAACUUUCAUGUGGUGAGCCAUGGUCAGACCCUUACGCCACCAUUAAUGUGACUGAUUUUGAUUACACGUAUGAAUCCAAUGUUACAUACACGUGUGUAGUUGGGUAUGGUAUUGGAUAUGAUGGUCCAAGUGAGGAAACGAUUACCUGUUUAGACACGGCGUAUUGGUCCCCUCACACCCAUUGUGUACGAGCACCAUGCGAUGCACCACCAGUUGAUACAAAUGCUAAUGUAACAUAUACAUCAACAACAUAUAUGGGGGUUGCAAACUAUGCAUGUAAUGUCGGAUAUCGAAUAUCUAGAAAUGGAAGUCAGGCAGAGUCAAUUGUUUGUGGAGCAGAUGGCAACUGGUCAUCGCAUACAGCUUGUCUGGAAAUAUCAUGCGGAACGCCCGUGGACGAUUCCUUUGCCAAUGUGUCUUGGACAUCUGAGUUGUACCUCAGCAAUACUACAUACGAUUGCCUAUAUGGCUAUGUAACUCUGAAUGGGUCUCAUUCUGAAGUAACUCGUUGCUUUGCGGACGGUAACUGGUCCACCCACACACCCUGUGAAAGAAUAUCAUGUGGUGUGCCGAUUACAGAUUCAAACUCAAAUUUAACGCUAAGUGACAACUUGUACGAAUCAAACGUAACAUACACGUGUAACUAUGGGUUUAGUGUUGGUGGCUCGAAUGAAUUGUUCGAUGUAAUCUAUUGUGAAGGCGAUGGCAAUUGGAGCACCCAUUCCACCUGUCAGCGCAUUUCGUGUGGCAAUCCCCCCGUAGAUAGCAAUUCGACAAUGGAUUCCAUCGAUAACUUGUUUGAAUCAGUUGUAAGUUACACAUGUAACACAGGCUUUUACAUCGGCAAUACUUCUAACCAGUCUGAGAAUAUAACAUGUCAAGGAAAUGGCAGUUGGACCAGUCAUACUUUUUGCGAGAAAAUCGCUUGUGGAAUCCCUGUAUCCGAUCCGAAUGCUAUUUUGACAAUUGGUGAUAACUUAUAUGGAUCAAACACUACGUACACAUGUCAUGAUGGUUUUUUAACUGCCGGAGCUCAGGAAGAAAUCAUUAGUUGCCAAGCAGAUGGGAACUGGACCAAUCAUGCAGGAUGUCAACGAGUUUCUUGUGGAAGCCCCAUUGUUGAUGCAAAUGCUGUCAUGACAACGAGUGAUAAUUUGUACCAAUCAAAUGUGAUAUACACAUGUAAUACCGGGUACCUGAUUGGAGGAAUGACUGGCCAAUCAGAAAGUAUAACGUGUGGACACAAUGGCUCCUGGACAAUCCAUACUCAGUGCAUGAAAAUCUCUUGUGGUAAUCCUCCAGUAGAUUCUAAUUCUAAUACAUCUUCAAGUGAUAACCUAUAUGGAGCAAAUAUUACCUACACUUGUGACACAGGCCACUUGAUUGGAGGGGUGUCCGAUGAAGAAGAAACCAUCACAUGUCAAGAAAAUGGAAAUUGGACAGAUCAUACCAUGUGUUUGCCCAUCUCAUGUGGCAACCCUCCAGUUGAUAACAACUCUACAUUGACACCCGCAAAUAACCUUUUUGGGUCCAACGUAACAUAUAUAUGUAAUUCAGGUUAUCUUAUAGGAGGUAUCACUUAUUCUCAAGACGUAAUCACGUGUCAGUCCAAUGGAAGUUGGACAUUACAUACGCCAUGUGUACGAUUGGCAUGUGGGAAUCCCAUUGUUGAUCCGAAGGCAACAAUGUUUACAACUGAUAACCUUUUCGAAUCAAACACAAUCUAUAACUGUAGUGAUGGAUAUUUAAUCGGAGGCAAUGGGGAUGCAUCAGAAACAAUCACUUGUCAGGAAGAUGGUGAUUGGAGCAAUCAUACGAUGUGUUUGCCAAUAUCAUGUGGUAGUCCCAUAACUGAUGUGCACUCAAACAUGACAACGGGUGAAAACUUAUAUGGAUCAAACAUAACAUACACUUGUGAUGUUGGCUACCUUAUAGGUGGAACUCUGAUGAAUGAAGAAACGAUAUAUUGUGAUUCAUAUGGACAUUGGACAAAUCACUCAUUGUGUGAAAUAAUAUCGUGUGGACAACCACCAAUUGAUACCAAUGCAAAUUCCACAGUUGGUGAUAAUACCUUUGGAAGUGUAGUCGUGUAUAAAUGCUUCGAAGGCCAUAUUUUGAAUGACACAAACAAUAAAGAAGACAAUGUCACAUGUACUAUUGAUGGCAAUUGGACAGCACAUACACCGUGUGUUCCAAUAUCAUGUGGAAGUAUAAACAUAUCUCAGAACGUUACUGUAACUUUUGACAGUUUGAUUUACAAUGCUAUGGCUAAUUUCUUGUGUAGCAUUGGGUUCGUUUCACUUUCUAGCGGUUCAUCGUCAGGAACCAUAAAAUGUUUGUCUAAUGGAACCUGGAGCGAAGAUAUCCAGUGUAUUCCAGUAUCAUGCGGUUCUCCACCCAUAGAUCAAAAUUCAAAUGUUACAUACGUAGAUACGGUGUAUAACUCAAAAGCAAUGUAUGAAUGCCACCCUGGCACUCUAACACAGGGGGCUAGCAAUGAUUCGAUUAUAUGUCAGUCUGAUGCAACUUGGAGCAAACAUGUAAAUUGUACUAGUGUGUUUUGUGGGCCAAAUCCUCCAGAUCCCUAUGCGGAUAUAUUGCUUCUAAAUAACUCAACGAAAGAUGAGGCACUCUAUACAUGCAAGCCGGGAUCUGCCUUGUUAAAUGGAGCAGUAAGCAAUAACAUUACAUGUCUUGCCACUGGCACGUGGUCAUCACGUGACUCUUGUUUUCCAAUCAGCUGCCAGAAUCCACCGGAAGACGUGAAUGCAAACGUCACCAGAAGCUUUUUUGACGAAAAACAUCUUGUAACAUACAAGUGUAUCACAAACUAUUACAUUGGCGGAACUGGGAACGACUCAGAAACAAUUUCGUGUUCUGAUGCAGAAGAUUGGGGAAUACAUACUCCAUGUUCGUUUGGUGAUUGUGGCUCAUGGCCAGUAGACAUGCGUGCAUCUAUAGUGCAGUCAAGCGGAACCCUGCUAUAUUCAGCAGUGCAUUACGAAUGCCACGAGGGUUAUACACUUACUGGGGAAGAUGACGGAUCAAAAAAUAAAAUGAGCACUUGCCUUCCCGAAAGAAAGUGGACACCCGUGCCAUAUUGCGAAGGUGUAUCGGAACCAGAGUAUAAGCGCGCUAAGAAGAUUGAGUUCCCACCAGAAGAGGCCAAGCAUGCAGUUGUGGUUGGAAGUUCAGCAUUGCUUAUAGUAAUCGCUUUUGUGGUGUUAAUCGUCGUCUUAGACGUGCCUAAAGUCGUCAAGGAUCUGCGAUAUAAGAUGUAUACAAAUCUAAAAGCAAUGAUCUAUUCUGACAGGGGCGGAUCAAAAUACUAAGAAGGGGGAGGGGUAUACUUUAAAAAUAUUCAUGUGCUUGCACAGAAGAUUCCACUUCAGAUUUAGAAUGCAGGAUAUAGCAAUACCCCCAUUCAACACCCCAAAAAAAGACAUGUAAUAUAUUAUCGUUAUUUAUUUAUUGACUCAUGCUCAUAUUAUUAUUGUUAUGUGUAUGUCAUACGUAGAUGAUUAUCAUAACUGGUUGUAUCAACCUUGGGGAGGGUACACUCACUGGACAUUUUAAGUAAUUAUUCUGAAUAUAUCAACCUUGGAGAAGGUUUAUUCUUCGUAUUCUUGUACAACUGCUAUACUCGGAUAUACUAUGUGUACAAACGACAACGCGGUAGCCUGUCA